UAGUUUCAGUCGGCGCGCAGUUAGUUAGUCAGUUCCCCGCGCCGAAUAUCAACACAAGUGCCCUUUCAGUGUUGUGUUGUGUUGUGCUUUUUUGGAGAUUAUAGAUAGAUUUGAAUUGUAGUAUUAAGUCUAGAAACGAAGAACCUGUAAAGUAAUACGAACUCUAAAGUUAACAGUGAAGUGAACAGAGUGUUAUAUCGAAAAGUGACAAACAAUAACAAUGAUGACAAUAAGUGAGAGUCAGUUCUCUUCAAACAAGAGGUCCAGCAUCCACAAAAUCAAUGACAGAGUGGUCCAUAGAGACAGCUUCGAUGACGUCACGAGCUCAUCCAGUGUCAACAGCUCCCUCAUCACGAAACGAGGGUUCAAACCCUCAGAUAUGUUCGACCCUAAAAAAAAAGAGUUCCUAACCAACCUCAGCUAUAAGCUUUUCCCUAACGAUGCAGACUUGUCCGCAGUGGAAUUGCCCCCACCAGAGUACAUUCUUGAAGACUUGGAAAACAAGCCGAUCAUCGUCGGCGACAAGGAGGUGGACCUGAACAAGAUCUUCACACCAGCGCCUGAUGCUGAAGAGCAUAUCAUCAAAAAAGACAAAAAAUUCGAGAAAACCUUCGCAUCAUCAGCGUUCUACGUCCCCGGCGUCCACCCCACGGUUAGAGAACAAAUGGAUCUUGCACGAGCCAUCUCCAAAUCACUGUCAGAUUCCAGCAACCACAUGAGCAAGGGGCAGAGCAUGUACGUCAAUAGAAAGAAACGAUCCGUCAAAUGGGUGCACGAAGGACGAGGUCGCAACACAUCAAACCAGUGCACGACAGCCACACCAGUCGCCAACCAUGACACGCCAUACCGCCCGCCAUCUAGUCUACGAAACCAGAAGACAUACCCAAAGUCCGCUCUCAAGCACACUUCAAAUAUACCAAAAAUGGAACCUUUUCCUGUCACACCUCCCUAUAUAGCUGCAAAAAACGUUGAAAUACCAGUACCUGUGACACCAACCAAAUUAAACGAUGUCUAUGCUUCGCCGAAAAGCCCACGUCUGCCUUUAGUCUCCGGUCCGAAUUUCAACGUCGCGCCGCGCGGCUGGGGCGAAAUGAAGGACUAUUACAGACCCGUGGCACUAGAUGGCAUUGGAAACAUUACAGCUGCCUACACAGAUUAUUAGGUUUAUAAAUAAAGAAGUAAAUAAACCAUAGACAUUAGUAAUACUUACUUUUAUAACCUUUAAUGUAAAUAGAGCUAAAUGAAGAAAUAUUUUGAGUAAGAUAUCUCUGUAUCUGCCUAUGGCAUCGUAGCUCCUAAACUAAUGAACCGAUUUUAAUUUAGUUUUUUUUUUUGUUUAAAAGGUGGCUUGAUGGAGAGUGUUCUUAGCUAUA